ACCUGAUUGUCUGAUCAACCAAUCAAUAGAUUAUCGUCUCGAACCUCAAAAAUCAUGGCAAAUCAUUUCCAUUCAUUUUGACCCAUAUCCUUUUACCAAACCAUCUGUGUCUCCGCCUUUCCGCAUCUCUCAUAAGUCUUCCGCGCAGCGACUCGUCGAUAUCUUCGUACGGACAACCCCGCAUUGGGCGGGGCGACGUAUCCGCGGAUCGCCGUCGUAUAAAAGGACGAGCAGGCGGUGAAGAAACUCGCAUCAGCCUUCCUUUUGCAACACAUUAUGGAAACUGACGGUAGGCUCAAAGCCUACAAAUUUGUGGCCUAUGCCGCUGUGGGUUUCUCUAUUGCCGCCGUCGCUUCAGUUCUUUUGACCCUUCCAAUGGUCUAUUCGUACGUGUCGCACGUCAGACAGCAGAUGCACCACGAAAUCAACUUCUGCAAGGGAUCUGCUAAGGACAUCUUUGCUGAGGUCAACUACAUGAAGGCCAACGCUGGACCAGUUCCACCACGCAACCGUACCACCCGUCAAGCCUACGGAGGACCAGAAGUCAACCCAGCUCCAAAUCUCCAAUGCGAGGGAUGCUGCCUUCCAGGACCACCAGGACCAGCUGGAGCCCCAGGAAAGCCAGGAAAGCCAGGACGUCCAGGAGCACCAGGAACUCCAGGAACCCCAGGAAAGCCACCAGUUGCCCCAUGUGAGCCAACUACUCCACCACCAUGCAAGCCAUGCCCACAAGGACCACCAGGACCACCAGGACCACCAGGAGCACCAGGAGACCCGGGAGAGGCUGGAACCCCAGGACGCCCAGGGACCGAUGCCGCCCCAGGAUCCCCAGGACCACGUGGACCACCAGGACCAGCUGGAGAGGCCGGAGCCCCAGGACCAGCCGGAGAGCCAGGAACCCCAGCUAUUUCCGAGCCACUCACCCCAGGAGCACCAGGAGAGCCAGGAGACUCUGGACCACCAGGACCACCAGGACCACCAGGAGCACCAGGAAACGACGGACCGCCAGGACCACCAGGACCAAAGGGAGCCCCAGGACCAGACGGACCACCAGGAGUCGACGGACAAUCCGGACCACCAGGACCACCAGGACCAGCUGGAACCCCAGGAGAGAAGGGAAUCUGUCCAAAGUAUUGCGCUCUCGAUGGAGGAGUCUUCUUCGAGGACGGAACCAGACGAUAAACAUACAUCGUCAAUGGAUCGCGGUAGACGAUGUUCAACUUCUGCGUCGCACCGUUAUGAUUCAAUCAUUCCUCAAUCAUAUCCUCUCUCUUUUUUGUUUCAACUUUACUUCUUUCUUCUCACAGUCCAAACCUCAUCAUCAUCUCGUUGUUGUGUAUAGUCGCGUUGACAGACUCAGAUUUUAUCACCAUCGAGCCCGUCAGUACAUCGACCAAAUAAAUUAUUAUUUAUUUGAAAUCC